AUGCGUCUACAUCAUUCAUUCUCUAGCCAUGCUCGCCGAAUAGGACAUGUGCAUGCAUCACGGUUACCGCCAUGUCAACUCGUCGCGCGACUGGCAUCGCGAAACCAUGGCCAAGUCCCCUUUCCGCGGACCUACAGCUCCUCCAAUGCGGCCGCCAACAGCCCGGCCACUACGCAAAAAGGGCUCUUCGACCUCGCCAUUGACAUCGCUCGAACGCCCAUGAAUGGUAAUGUAGAGAUGCAAUUCACGCAGUUUGACCCCGCGGGCGCUGCCACUUCCAAGAGCCUGACCAAGGUCGCCAUCGCCCACGAGUACCUCCUGAGCGCUCGGGACCUGCGCAUAAUCGAUCUACCAUCCAACGGAUUCCCGCACAUACUGAUCCGGGAAAACACCCUGCUGAUCCACCUGUUUGAUUUACGGCUCCUCGUGCAGGCCGACAAGGUUCUGCUGUUCAACGUGGACAGCGUCGAGGGGGACAACACCACCUGCCGCGUCUUCACCCACGAUCUCGAAGCCAAGCUUCACAGGCGGCAGGCCCCGUACAAAAAGGCCAAUGAGGCGUUUGAGCUGCGCGUCGUCGAGGUCGCCCUCGCGUCCGUCACCUCGACCCUGGAAGCCGAGUACCUGCUCGUGAAGCGCGACGUGUCGAGGGCCCUGCAAACCCUCGACCAGCAAAUGGCGGACAAGGAGGGGGCGCUCGUCUACUCGGCGCUGCGAGAGCUGCUCGACAUUUCCCGGAGCCUCGCCCGCAUCGAGAAGCGCGCGCGGCUCGUGCGCAAUGCCAUCCAGGAGGUGCUCAACGACGACGCCGACAUGGCCGACAUGUAUCUCACCGACAAGCAGCGCGGCCGGCGGCACCUGGUCCACGAGCACCAAGAGGUCGAGUACCUGCUCGAGGCGUACUUCAAGGCCAACGACGCCAUUGCGCAGGAGGCGGCUAGUCUGGCGGAGAAUAUCCAGAGGACAGAGGAGACGGUCAAGUCGAUUCUGGACGUGCGGCGCAACCAAAUCAUGCUGCUCGAGGCCAAGGUGGAGAUUGCCAUGCUCAGCCUGGCCGCGGCAACGCUGGUAGCGGGCUGGUAUGGCAUGAAUGUCGUGAAUUAUCUUGAACAGUGCCCCUGGGCGUUUGCCGUGCUCGCUUCGGGCUCUCUGGUUGGCAGCGCGUUGAUAUGGAGGUCCAUGAUUCGGCGUUUGCGGCUUAUUCAACUGCGUACGACGAGAAAGGAGUAG